GGCUCGUUUAUAUAAAGCGAGGCAGCGCGCUGCGAGUAGCAGUUGAGGGUUGGAGGAGCUAGGGUGUAGGGAGUGAGAGGUUGGGACAUGGGUGGUUGUUCGAACGUUGGGUGUGCGUGGAAUUAACCCGUUCCUGUCUGGGUUAACUCUUUACUGCCCGCGGAGGACGGCAUUUUUAACCCGAUCGGACCUGGAUGUAAGAGUUUUUCAUCUGCUGUAUUUUGGGCUUUUUUAUUUGCUAUAUCUUGGACUGAAAAAUACUUUUUUUUCUCUGCCGGAUUAUUGGGGUCUGCCUUCGUAAAAGGGAAGCAUUGCUUGCACACACCCCUUGGCACUGGAGCUGCCUUUAACUCUUUGAUGCCCGACCUUCAGCAACGUUAACCAUUGGGCGCACGGAUUCGGAGACUUUUAACUCCUUAUGGACUACAAAGGAGUGAAGAUGUGCUCCUAACCAUUCACUGGUCUUUUCAUCUUUGGUGCUUUUUUAAAAAAAACUUGCAACAUUGUUGUUGCAUAGAAGUUGCCUUGAGCGGUCGAGUCUCCCAGCCCGACUUUUCCCACCACCCUGCAUCGCUUUACAUUUCCAGAUGUUCAGAAUCGAGAUGCUGUAAAAAAGGGAGAGAAGUGGACUGGACGGGCGAAACCUGUUUUUUUUUUUUAAAGACUUUGCCCAGUUCUCCGAGUAGAAUGCUAGUUUAAAGGCCACUGGGUAACAAAGACAGCUGUGGAGUUCCGUCUUCGGCAAGGGUUAACAGUGACGUUUUCGUGAUCUCGCAGAUAAGUGACAGAGACAAGCAGAAUAUCUACUAUCUGAGAACUUGUUCUGGGAGAGCCUUCUGAAUGAAGUCCAGUGCCUGAAGGAUUAAAGGUACAGUACUGUAUUUAGUUUCAACGAACUUAAUAAACCUGGCACCCAUAACAUCAGAAUUUAAAGGUGUUGCUGGUUGUUCCACGUUCCUCCUUUGAAGACAAGAGAGAACUGAGCCCAUUUGGACUUUAAAAAAAAACCCACACAGAUCAAGAGGAGAGGAGAUUGUCAAGCGAUCUAGCAAUGGCUGAUGCUGCCCUGCCAGCUAGCCAACAGCAACCAAACGGCAAAACUUCUCCCAUCUCCACCUGCAGGGGUGCAGGUGGUGGAGAUGGUGGCGGCGGCGUCGGAGGCGAUGGAGGGGGACCUUUUGUUUUGUCUCCACCCACCACCCAAAAUGCUGCAAGGAGAAGAGAUGGACGGUAGGUGGCAGCCAAGAGAGGCCAUGCAGCAGGAUGGUAGCCCCAUGAGUGGUAUGGAUGCCUGCCCUGGUGCAGAAUGGGACACUCUUUUGGUUGGGGGAAGCCAAGGUUUGGGGGCCUCUGGAGGUGAAGUUGCUGGCCCAAACUGCAGUGAAGUUGCAAAUUUGCAGAAUGCUGAUGAUGGGAACCCGAUGACUGUGCCAUGCCAAGAGUAUAGUGGCCCUGUUGGCCAGCGGUGCAGGCCUCAAGCUGUGGGGGAGGAGGAGAAGCAGCUGGGCAAGAAGAAGCAUAGGAGGCGCCCUUCCAAAAAGAAGAGGCAUUGGAAGCCAUACUACAAGCUCAGCUGGGAAGAGAAGAAGAAGUUUGAUGAGAAGCAGAGCCAGCGGGCUUCCAGACUGCGGGCAGAGAUGUUUGCCAAGGGGCAGCCAGUGGCACCAUACAACACCACACAGUUCUUGAUGGAGGACCAUGAUCAGGAAGAGCCUGAUUUGAAGACGGAUCUCUGCCCCAAGAAGGCUGCUACCAAGUCGGACGAAACAAGUGAAGAAGACUUUGUAGAGGAGGAAGAUGGUGGUAGUGAUGGGAUGGGAGGAGACGGCAGCGAAUUUCUCCAGAAGGAUUUCUCGGAGACCUAUGAGAGGUACCAUGUGGAAAGCCUGCAGAACAUGAGCAAGCAGGAGCUGAUCAAGGAGUACUUGGAGUUGGAGAAGUGCCUGUCCAAGAUGGAGGAAGAGAACAACUGCCUGCGGAUGGAGAAUAAGAAAUUCAUGGGGGACUUGAUGGAACUGGACAGGUUGCGAGCAGAGAACCAAAAACUCUUGAAAGAGAAUGAACUUAGAAAACAGCAGGAGAAACCACUCUCCAAAUUGGGAGAGUGAAAGUGGGGGGAUUUUCUGAGGACUUAACAGUGGAACGGGACAGAAAAACUUCCCAAAACAAGAAUGCAAGAUAUAUAUCCAUAUUGUGGGUGUGUAUAUAUAAAGACAAACAGACCUUUUUCUUUUGGGUGAGCUAAUCAGAAUAAAUUCAAAAUCUCACAUUCUUUUUGAAAAUAGCUCUAACAUAGUGUGUGCUCUUUUUUUUCUAAUUCUAUGUAAUCAGGGGAUCUUUGAGUGGGUGCUUUUAAAACAGAAAAGAACAUCCAGCAUUCAUAGGACAACUUUUUAAAAGUAUAUCUGAUUUGUUAAAAUGUGGAUUUUUUUUGUUUCUUCACUUGGAUAGACAAGCAGGUUGGGGGGAGGGGGAAGUGGCAAAAGGAGCUGUAAAGCAGUCACGAAAAAAGGAUAUACAGAUUCAUGCUAAGAGUUCUAAUAAAGUUAAGGACAUGUCA